GCAUAAAGCCCUCCUCCCCGGCCAAGGUAGAGGAAGUUGGGCUCCCGCCUGGAUGGGAGGCGGAAGGGAGUCCCGCUCCUGUUGUUUUCCUCCAGCGGGAGUGGGUGGCGGGCACAGGGGGCGGGGUGCGCCCUCCUACCCCGGGCCGGGCGCUCCGGAGAGAGACUCGAGCCGGGAACCCAGCGCACAGCUCCCAACCCCAACAUCGGACUCACCCCCAAGCAUCCUUCCUGGGGGCUGCGGAAAGUAGAGCUAUUCUGUCGUUCCGAAGACCUGAGAGGAGCGCUUGGUACCCUAGGGGCCGGAUCUCUGGGGGUCGCGCACGCAGCCCAGCCAGACCCUGUGUUUCCUGAGGGGCACCUGCCCGCAACGGGGGGCGAGAUGGCCGCACGGGCGCUGAAGCCUUGGGUCCCCGUCUGCCUCGGGGCGCUGCUGGCCCUCUGGGUCGCCGCAGGGUUGGAGGCUGUCAUUAUUGGAGAAGUGCACGGGAACAUUACCCUGCCCUGUGGCAACGUCUCGGGACAGAGGGGCCUAGUGACCUGGUACCGGAAUGACUUGGAGCCUGUCCUCAUCCCGUCCUCCAAUUCCAGCCUCCUGCCAGCCAAGCCGCACUUCUCCCUGGCGAAUGCCAGCUCCCUGCACAUCGAGGCGCUGAGCCUGGAGGAUGAGGGGAACUACACCUGCCGGGAGGUUCUGAAUGAGACUCGGUGGUUCCAAGUGUGGCUGCAGGUGGCCAGCGGCCCCUAUCAGGUCGAAGUCAACAUCUCCACCACCGGCAUACUCCCCAAUGGCAGCCUCUAUGUGGCCAAGGGCUCCCAGGUGGACUUCACCUGCAGCAGCAGCUCCUGGCCGCCACCCAUGGUCGAGUGGUGGUUCCAGGCCCCGGACUCCAGGACUGAGCCUUUUGGAAACAACCUGACGGUCAGCAGCUUCACCCUGCUACUGAUGUCACAAAACCUCCAAGGGAACUACACCUGUCUGGCCACGAACAGGCUCAGUGGGAGACUUCGAAAGGUGACCUCCGAGCUCCUGGUCUACUCCCCCCCUUCAUCAGCCCUUCAGUGCUGGGCAGAGGUGUCACCAACAUCGAUCAUGCUGCAGCUCAUCUGUCGCUGGGAUGGGGGAUACCCAGACCCUAACUUCCAAUGGACAGAAGAGCCAGGAGGUGUGAUCCUGGGGACGCCAAAGCUGGGAGUGGAGAUGCUGAACCAGUCCCAGCUGUCAGAUGGCAAGAAGUUCAAAUGUGUUGGGAAACACAUACUGGGGCCCGAGUCGGGAGUCAGCUGCAUGGUGCAAAUCCGGAGCCCCUCCAUUCUCUCCGAGCCCAUGAAGACUUGCUUCGUGGGGGGCAAUGUGACGCUCACCUGCCAGGUGUCUGGAGCCUACCCCCGAGCCAAGCUGCUGUGGCUGAGGAACCUCACUCAGCCCGAGAUGCUCAUCCAGCCCAGCAGCCGUAUUCUCAUCACCGAGAAUGACCAGGGCUCCACCCUCACCAUCCGGAACUGCUCCCAGGACCUGGAUGAGGGCUACUAUGUCUGCCGGGCCGAGAACCCCGUGGGGGUGAGGGAAGUGGAUAUCUGGCUGAGUGUGAAAGAGCCUUUAAACAUCGUGGGAAUUGUGGGAACCAUCGUGAGCCUCCUUCUGCUGGGACUGGCUGUGAUCUCAGGGCUUAUGUUGUAUUACAGCCCUGUGUUCUGCUGGAAAUUAGGAAACACUUUCAGGGGGCAAGACAUGGGUGAUGUCAUGGUUUUGGUGGAAUCGGAGGAAGAGGUGGAGGAGGAAGAAGACGCUGCCGAAGAGGAGGAAGAGGAGGAGGAGGAAGCGAAUGAGAGGGAGGAAUUGCCAAAAGAAAUACACAAGCACGGCCACAUUCAUAGAGUGACCGCACUGGUGAACGGGAAUGUAGAUGUGAUGGGCAAUGGACUGCAGGCUUUGCAAGAUGACAGCAGUGAGCAGCAGAGCGACGUCGUUCAAGAAGAUGACAAGCCAGUUUGAAGAAAACUGUCCUUCAUUAUCCUGUCUUAAAAGCUUGGAAAACUAUGGUGAAGAUGAACUUUUCUUUCUGCUUUGACUUGAUUUGCACCCCUGCCUGAGGGCGUAAAAUGGUUUGGGGCUCUCAGCAAAAAAGAAACACACACACACACACACACACACACACACACCCCUUUCCUUCCAUUUUUAAAAAAAUUGAUGAUUUGAUUUGUUGUAACUUUUCUCAGUGUUAAAAAGCUUUGGGAACUGGCAAUGUGUUGGGGAAAGCUGCCUUUGGCAACUGAGGUGCCCUCUUCGCUGUGGCUCCUGGCUUUCUCCAGGUUGACGGAUGCUGAUUUUGUGGAGAGCCAGAGUGGGAGGAGGCCCCUGGCCUCAGUGCCCUUUGCCACUAUGAAAGGUCUGUAACCAGCUUAACCUCAGCACACCAGGGUCUAGUGUGGGGCGAUCGGGGCACUUCCUAUAUCGCUGCCCAGGUAAGCUGAGGAACCAGGUAAAAAUGUCAGCUCACUGGAAAAGGGGAGGAGGUGUCAGCUACUGAUGCUAGGCAGAGGGAGGCAGUUUGGUUUAGGGUGUGGAGUUGGAAACAUCUGGGCUUGAAUCUGGGUCCUGCUGCUUCCUUGUUUCAUGGGCUUGGGCACGUUGCUUUACCUCUCCCCUGGACCUCAACUGCCUCAUCUCCAAAAUAGAUGAAACCACACCUACCUUCCGGGGUGACGGUGAGGACUAAAUGAGGCACUUCUGGAUGUGAAAGUGCCUAAGAGGUGCUCAAUAGAUGUUAUUCUUUAUCUCUUCCUUUGCCUCCCCCAGUGGAAGAAAAAAAUGUCAACUCUAAGUUGCAAGCUAUCGCCUGGGCCUUUCAUUCUUCUUUUGUAGAAUGGUUUCGGAUGAGGGUAUUAUCAGAGCUCUCCUGACUAUUUUUGCUUCCCUGGAGAUAUAAUUCUUUUCAAAAGAGGUAGGGGCCCGUAAGAGGAAGUGCCUUUCAUUAGAACCUCACAUUUUGCAGGGCCUCGUAUUUAUACAAAAGCCUCUUAGGUGAAACACUAUGAGCUUUCAUUCUUUCUUUCCCCUUCUCCCUUUCUCCUUUGCAAGAAAACAGGAGAAAUGUUUUGUAAGGGAGUAUCUGGUGGUUAAGUACUCCUUGGGCAGACCAGUUCAUCUGGCCUCAGUUUCUUGAUCUCAGAAAUGGGAACGGGAAAACGUUUCCUUCCUCCUUCCUAAGGAUAUUAUGAUACACUGAUCAAUAAUGCUAAGUUUCACAUGAAAAAUAACCUGUGAUGCGAUUAAGCUGCUGAUGACUUCCCGUUGAACCCUGUACCGUUUAGAGAUUCCCCCCCCCCGCCCCCCACAAUUUCAAAUCUCUUUUAAAUGCCAGGGGCCUUAUAAGGGUGCAAAGCAUAAAAAAUCUGACUUCAAUUUGCAGUCUUCAGUGUCGCAUGUCCUGCUUUGAUGGGCAAGACUACGGCUUAAAGAUGAACUUUGCCUCUCUCCAAUCACAGGGACUGGGUGGGACUCCUGAGAUACAAGCUCGUGAUCUGCAUGGUUACCCUGAAGGUGUUCUUUGGGUUGGUCGAUUUUCUUGAAUGAAGGGACCAAACUGAGCACAUCACUAGAAGUGAGCCCUGUCCCCAGCUCAGAACACUAAGUAGGGAGCUCAGGAACUGGCUGCAAUUCUGUACCCCUAGGAUUAGCUGUGAGCUGCAGUUCUCCUUGUUGGGCUGGGUGUCUUUCUGCGUGUUACCUCAUGUACUUAACCACUCUAGCCAGUCUAAGUGUCCCUUCACUCGGACAGGUUGCUUCUGAAGUCACUGAACACGGAGCUAAUAUCUCCUUUAGACUCUUUGAUGAUGAUUCUAUGCCUGAAUCUGAGCAUCCACUAUGCAGAGGCAACCCUAUUUUUUUUUUUUU